CAUGCAGAGGUCGCCUCUGGAGAAAGCGAACGUCUUCUCCAAACUUUUCUUCAGGUGGACAAAACCGAUUUUGAGAAAGGGUUAUAGACAACGCCUGGAAUUGUCAGACAUUUAUCAGAUCCCUGCUGCAGACUCUGCUGAUAAUCUUUCGGAAAAAUUGGAAAGAGAAUGGGAUAGAGAAUUGGCUUCGAAAAAAAGACCCAGACUCAUCAGUGCUCUUAAAAGAUGUUUCUUCUGGAGAUUUAUGUUCUAUGGAAUAAUACUAUAUUUAGGGGAGGUUACUAAAGCUGUGCAGCCUCUUUUACUGGGAAGAAUAAUAGCCUCCUAUGACCCCUCCAAUUCACUUGAACGAUCAAUCGCUUACUACUUAGCCAUAGGACUCUGCCUUCUCUUCAUAGUCCGAAUGUUGCUUCUUCAUCCAGCUAUAUUUGGCCUCCAUCACAUUGGAAUGCAAAUUAGGAUAGCCAUGUUUAGUUUAAUUUAUAAAAAGACCUUAAAAUUGUCAAGCAGAGUCCUAGAUAAAAUAAGCACUGGACAGCUUGUUAGCCUCCUUUCGAACAAUCUGAACAAAUUUGAUGAAGGUUUAGCCUUGGCUCAUUUUGUGUGGAUUGCGCCUCUGCAAGUGGUGCUGCUGAUGGGGCUCCUCUGGGACAUGUUGCAGGCGUCAGCAUUUUGUGCACUUGGCUUUCUAGUUCUCGUUGCCCUUUUCCAAUCCUGGCUAGGACGGAAGAUGAUGAAAUACAGAGAUCAGAGAGCAGGAAAGAUCAACGAGAGGCUUGUGAUCACAUCAGAAAUGAUUGAUAAUAUACAGUCUGUCAAAGCCUACUGUUGGGAGAAUGCAAUGGAAAAUAUGAUUGAAGGUCUGCGACAAACUGAACUAAAGCUGACCCGAAAGGCUGCUUAUGUGAGAUAUUUCAAUAGCUCAGCAUUCUUCUUCUCCGGAUUUUUUGUGGUGUUUUUGGCUGUUCUUCCAUAUGCACUGAUCCAUGGAAUUAUCCUUAGAAAAAUAUUUACCACCAUCUCCUUCUGCAUUGUUCUUCGAAUGACAGUCACUAGACAGUUUCCUUGGGCUGUGCAGACAUGGUAUGAUUCCCUUGGAGCAAUAAACAAAAUACAGGAUUUCUUGCAAAAAGAAGAAUAUAAAACACUGGAAUAUAAUUUAACAACUACAGGGCUUGAACUGGAGAAUGUGACAGCCUUCUGGGAUGAGGGAACUGGAGAGCUCUUUGUGAAAGCAAAACAGGAAAACCAUAAUGGAAAUGUAUCCAGCGGUGAUGAUGGUCUCUUCUUCAGUAACUUCCCGCUUCAUUUUACUCCCGUCCUUAAAGAUAUCAACUUCAAAAUUGAAAAAGGAGAGCUAUUAGCUGUUGCUGGUUCUACUGGAGCAGGCAAGACUUCUCUGCUGAUGUUGAUCAUGGGAGAACUGGAGCCUUUGGAAGGUAAAAUUAAGCACAGUGGAAGGAUUUCCUUUUGUCCUCAAGUAUCCUGGAUUAUGCCUGGAACAAUUAAAGAAAACAUCAUAUUUGGGGUUUCCUACGAUGAAUUCCGAUACAAGAGUGUCAUCAAAGCCUGUCAAUUAGAAGAGGACAUUUCAAAGUUUCUAGAGAAAGAUGACACAGUUUUGGGUGAAGGUGGAAUCACCCUCAGUGGAGGUCAGCGAGCAAGAAUCUCCCUAGCCAGAGCAGUGUAUAAAGAUGCUGAUCUGUAUCUCUUGGAUUCCCCUUUUGGUUAUUUAGACAUGUUAACAGAAAAAGAAAUAUUUGAAAGCUGUGUUUGUAAGCUUAUUGUCAACAAAACUAGAAUACUUGUCACUUCAAAGCUGGAACACUUAAAGAUAGCAGACAAGAUACUAAUUUUGCAUGAAGGAAGCUGCUAUUUCUACGGAACAUUUCCUGAACUUCAGGGUCAGAGACCCAAUUUUAGUUCUGAAUUGAUGGGAUUUGAUUCUUUUGAUCUGUUCAGUGCCGAAAGAAGAAACUCUAUUCUUACUGAAACUCUAAGACGAAUUUCUAUUGACCAAGAUGGAAUGGGUUCACAAAAUCAAAAUAAAAAAACUUCCUUUAAACAAACAUCAGAUUUUACUGAAAAGAGAAAGAACUCUGUCAUUAUGAAUGCACUGAAUUCCAGCAGGAAGUUCUCUCUUUUGCAAAAAACACCUCUACAGGUCAAUGGUAUUGAAGAGGGUCAUGUUGAACCAACAGAAAGAAGACUGUCUUUGGUGCCCGACUCUGAACAAGGGGAGGCAAUUCUGCCACGCAGCAAUGUGUUUAAUGCAGGCCCCACGUUCAGAGGACAGAGAAGGCAGUCUGUGCUUAACUUGAUGACCCGGACCUCAGUUCACCCAGCUCAGAGCUUUUACAAAAAGAGCAGUGUAUCAGUUCGUAAAAUGUCACUAGUCCACCAGUCUUCUGAGAUAGACAUCUAUGCCAGGCGCUUGUCUCUUGACAGUGUGGUGGAAAUAACUGAAGAACUUAACGAGGAUGAUCUAAAGGAAUGUUUCUGCGAUGAUGCCGAGACCAUGACUACUGUUACUACAUGGAAUACAUAUUUCAGAUAUGUUACUGUCCACAAAAAGUUGAUCUUUGUAUUAGUUAUGUGCGUGGUUAUUUUUUCAAUAGAGGUGGUUGCAGCUCUGGUUGGGCUAUGGUUUAUCAGUCACUCUGCUAUUUCGUCUAGUACAAAUACAACCCAGCCACUGAACGCUACUUUAGAAGAACCUGACAACUAUGCAGUUAUUGUUACAGAGACAAGUUCCUAUUACAUCUUCUACAUUUAUGUGGGCGUGGCAGAUACUUUGCUGGCCUUGGGAAUCUUCAGAGGCUUACCCUUGGUGCAUACUCUGAUAACAGUUUCUAAAACUCUUCACCGCAAGAUGUUGCACGCUGUCCUUCAGGCACCCAUGUCUUCCUUCAAUACACUGAGAGCAGGUGGAAUACUCAACAGAUUCUCAAAGGACACGGCAAUACUGGAUGACCUACUGCCCCUUACAAUAUUCGACUUUAUUCAGCUAGUAUUUAUUGUGAUUGGCGCUAUAGUGGUCGUCUCCCUUAUAGAGCCCUACAUCUUCCUGGCAUCUGUGCCUGUGAUUGGAGCAUUUAUUCUGCUAAGAGCAUACUUCCUGCAUACGUCCCAGCAGCUGAAACAACUGGAAUCUGAAGCCAGAAGUCCAAUUUUUACACAUCUGGUUACAAGCUUAAAGGGACUUUGGACGCUGAGAGCUUUUGGACGGCAACCAUAUUUUGAGACGUUAUUCCAUAAAGCUUUGAAUUUGCACACCGCAAACUGGUUCCUCUAUUUGUCCACAUUACGGUGGUUCCAAAUGAGAAUGGAAAUGAUUUUUGUGGUCUUCUUCAUCAUUGUGACAUUUGUUUCCAUUGCAACUACAGGCAAUGGGGAAGGAAGAGUUGGCAUUGUUCUUACAUUAGCCAUGAAUAUUAUGGGAACUUUACAAUGGGCAGUAAACUCAAGCAUAGAUGUAGACAGUCUGAUGCGGUCUGUAAGCCGAAUAUUUAAGUUCAUUGAUAUGCCGACAGAGGAAACCAAAUCCAAUAACGCACUGCCCUCAAAUGAGCAGCUUUCUAACGUCCUGAUAAUUGAGAAUGAGCACGCACAGAAUGAGAACAACUGGCCAUCCGGUGGACAAAUGAUGGUGAAAGACCUCACGGCCAAGUACGUAGAUGGCGGAUUGGCUGUACUAGAAAAUAUUUCCUUUUCAAUAAGUCCAGGACAAAGGGUGGGCCUGUUGGGAAGAACUGGCUCAGGAAAGAGCACGUUGCUCUUUGCUUUGUUAAGACUGAUGAAUACGGAAGGGGAUAUUCAAAUUGAUAACGUCUCUUGGAACACAGUCUCUGUUCAGCAGUGGAGAAAAGCGUUCGGAGUAAUACCACAGAAAGUAUUCAUAUUUUCUGGAUCUUUUCGGAAAAACUUGGAUCCUUAUGGCCAAUGGAAUGAUGAAGAAUUAUGGAAAGUCACUGAGGAGGUUGGACUGAAAUCUGUAAUAGAACAAUUUCCAGGGGAGCUAGACUUUGUCCUUCUGGAUGGUGGGUGUGUUCUCAGCCAUGGUCACAAACAGUUGAUAUGUCUUGCCAGAUCCAUCCUCAGUAAAGCUAAAAUUCUCCUACUUGAUGAACCAAGUGCUCAUCUUGAUCCUAAGACCUUCCAAGUGAUUAAAAAAACUCUCAAGCAAGCUUUUGCAAACUGUACAGUAAUACUGUCAGAACACAGACUAGAAGCUCUACUAGAAUGCCAGAGAUUUUUGGUGAUAGAAGACAACAAAGUCAGGCAGUAUGAAUCCAUCCAGAAGCUACUAAGUGAGAAGAAUUCCUUUAGGCAAGCCAUCAGCCACUGGGACCGAGCCAGGUUAUUCCCAAUACACCCCAGAAACUCAAGCAAGCGUCGGUCCAGACCUAAAAUCUCUGCCCUGCAAGAAGAGACUGAAGAAGAAGUGCAAGAGACUCGGUUGUGAAGAUGAAUGAAUGAGCUGUGCCAUUAGAGUUUUAGCUUUCUGAGGAACACUGGAAAAGAGCAACACUGAAAAAUGCUUCUAAAAAGUGCAAAAACAGGCACAGAACAAGAAUUUAAAUUAUUCUAUAUAUCAAUGUAAGAAUAAGAAUUAUUCUAACAGAUAUAUUGAGUAAGAAAUUACUCAGUGUAAGAAGCUUCACUCCAAGGGUCAAAUUGGUUACCAGGAUUAGCAUGCUUAACCUGACUUCUACAGAAAUUAUUUUCUGCUGUUCACUCACACAUAUUAGUAGGAAGAUCGAAAUCAAAGUGGAGAAAGACAGGUGAUUUUAAAAAUCUGUUUUAGAAUUUCCAUAUCCACAACACAAUGAAUAUAUCUGAACCUACUCUCAAAGUGCAGUCCUAAGCAGGGCUACUCGGAAUCUUACUGCAGUCUACUCAGUGGGACUUAUUCCCAGGAAAGUCUUCUUAGGAUGGCAUUAUCAGUCUCUUAAAAUUAAAUCUGUGUCCCUCUAAUUGAACACAUUGAUUUCAAGCCUGUUUAUUGAGCUAAAAGCAGGCAUGAAUAGGUCAUGAACUGUGUUUAUUGCUGCACAAAUUAUAAAUAUCUUACCUAUGUCAAACAGCUUGGACAUUUAUUUUCCAUGUUACAGAACAUGGUUUUGCCCACAGCUACCAGCCCUGGGAAAUUCUGGGCACUGAAGUUUUUAAUUAGGUGAUCUUCCUUGGUGUUCUAGAGAGACAGAGAGAGAGAGAGAAACACUGAUGCGAAAUAAAAGUUAAGCCGUUAUAAAGGCAGUAGCGCAAAUGGGUCUGUUUAGUGGGAAACGGAUGUGUGAAACUUUGUUAUAAACUCCAAGUAGUAUGUAUGCUUGUUUGGAAAAAUAGCAACAGCUGAAGCAGAUACAUUUCAAUAGAUUUUAAACAUUUGAGAACAUGAACAUGCAAGCAAAUAGGAAGGAACAUUGACGUGAACCGCCCCCUCCCCCGCAAUAUUUCCAUUUCUUUUAUGCACAGGUUUAAAAGAAUAAGCUUUAUACAUGGCCACAUGUCCUGCUAGGCCUGAAAUCAUCGGAAUUUAAGCACGUGUAUGCUCAGGUUAGAAUGCUGAUCAGGGCUUACAUUACUCACUGGAAAGAGGCUGAAGUUAAGAAGAGCAACAUUUUCACAAUGAUUCAUGCCCAUCAAUGGGAUCGGGCAGCACAAUAACCUGUUCCAAGAGUUCAAGGUUCAGAACUUGUACAUCAUAAUGUGAGGACAUCUGGCUCACCUCCGUCACUUCGAGGCAGUUAAAGUAGAUAGUGAAAUCUUUGACAUUUCAGAUGAAAUCCUACCUGACUUGGUCAUAUGCCCCAACAUAUAGGUAGAGAACAGAUUAGGAAUAGGAGAGAAGCCAGCCUAAGAAUUACUCAAGAUUAAGAGUAACGACAGGUAUUGGUGCCAGCACAGUUCCUUUUUAGAAAUUGUAGUUCCUGUUGCAAAAGGAUAAAAGACUUUUGUGAUGAGAUCUUCUUUUAUAUGCUUCCAUUUUUCAGUUUAACUGAAAUGUCUCUAGAGUAUUUAUUUUAAUAUCUUUAUUACAAGAUAAGAAUAUUCUGUAUUUUAAGAGGAAUUGUACACAAUGAAGAAUGUAUUUGUAUGCAUAUAAUUUUUUAUAUAUUUGAAAGAUAUGCUUUUUAUGGCAUGUACUGCACAUAGUAGAAAAACUGGAACAUAGCAAUAUCCCAUAGAUGUAUUAAGUCUUACUUGUAAGCUACAAGACAAGCAUUAGUCCUGACUGAGAAGCUGUGAGGCUGUGUACAGAAUACACAUGUAACAUUUUUGGAACAAUUUCUACUUUACUACUAUCGUACCUUUGGUUCUGCUUUAGCAGCUGGAUGAUCAGACAGACUUUAAAAAGCAGAUUCUUGUUUCAUGGUAUAUACCAUUUCUGCUCUUUCGUGGUAUAUGUUGUUUCUGCUCUCUUAUAUAUAACCCCUAAGAUUUUAAUUCUAUAGGCGGAGUGGAUACACUCUAAACUUUAAAAAAGUAAAGUUGUUUCGAAAUUGCAGGGCAAUAUUUUAAGAAGUACCCGAAGCUGUGUUCUUAAAAGUACUACGUAUACUUUUUAUGUGCUUAAACAGUCAUCUUUCAUCUUGGUGGUGAAUGUGCACAAACCAGUCCCUCCAACACUUGUGUCAUUUUCCUACAUUUCUUCUGGGAGGUGUCCAGUUUUCCUGGGUACAGACUGAAGUGCAUAGAAAGCUUGUUUGAACAUAGAUUACAGCAGGACAGAAAAAAAAGUGCUAUUGUACUACAAUAGCCUGAAAAUGUUUUGUCCCUACACAGCCUCAGUUGCUCUUGCAUCUCGCUGAAGUCAGUGCAACUUAAAAACAUUUGAUCAUACACUUCAGUUUGACUGAUUUAAGUGAGUGUUUAGCCACACACAAAGUCCUGUGUGCUUGAUCUGAGUGUGGACACAUGGGCAAAGAACGGGCUCAGUUCCCCUUCUUGUCCUGGGUAGAGCAUAUCCAGGGCCUAUCUGAAGCGGUACUUGUUUUUGCUGGAGUGUAUGUAUUAUAUAUAUUGCAGAAAUAAAACAUUUAGCUCAAACUGCCUAACAAGCUACAAUGUCUGCCCCUCAGGUUACUAUAAGCAGGGCUUUUUUUCAGCGGGAACGUGGGGGAACGGAGUUCCGGAACCUCUUGAAAAUG